GCGGCACCGGCGGGGCUGCGGAGGUAAAACGGGCUGGGGCAGGACGGUUCCGGGCGCUGGGACGUGCUCUCCGUUCAGGUGCAAAAAUGGGGUUCUUCACGUUUAUCAAGGUCAUGAUGAUCCUCUUCAACCUGGCCAUCUUCCUCGGUGGCGGGACCCUCCUGGGAGUUGGCAUCUGGGUCAAAGUGGAUGGAGAGUCGUUCCUGAGUGUAUUUGGGGCGCUCUCCUCCAGCGUCCUGCAGGUUGUGAAUGUGAGCUAUCUUCUCAUYGUCAUCGGUGCCAUCCUGCUGGUGAUCGGCUUCCUCGGCUGCUACGGCGCCCAGAAGGAGAGCAAAUGUCUCCUGAUGAUGUUCUUCUCAGUGGUGCUGAUCAUCUUCAUCGCCGAAGUUGCUGCUGCCGUGGUGGCUCUGGUCUUCACAGGUCUUGCAGAGACGUUGCUGACAGGUCUGGUGACCCCUCUCCUGAAGGAGAAGUAUGGACAGGAUCUGCAGUUCACACACAUCUGGAAUGUCACCAUGACAGAGGUCCACUGCUGUGGCCUGAAUAACUACACUGACUUCAACAACUCCCACUGGUUUGAGACACACGGCAGCUACCCCAUGCAGUGCUGUGACAUGCUGGAGCCCUGCAACAGCACACUGGCUGCGAAGAUGGAGGUCCCGGGCUGCUUCCCACAGAUCUUGGAUGAAAUCAGGACCAACGCAGGAGUGGCGGGUGGCGUGGCUGCCGGCAUYGCUGCCUUGGAGAUUGCAGCCAUGGCGGUUUCCAUGUACCUCUACUGUCGGCUGGAUGAGAAGUGACCCCUCGAGGCAGGAGGAUGACCUGCCACCCCCCGUGCUGGGGGGCACCCGUGGCGUGCCAUGCUCUCGGGGGGACCCCGUCCCUCCCUGGGUCCGAUGCUGUCCUGUGCACUGUGAUUUAUAGCUGUAUUUUGAUCUACUGAGCUGGGAUCUGUAGAGUUUGUGUAUAUUUUUGUACUGAUACGGCACAUGGAGUCUGUACAUAGAGAUUUGGGGUGUUUUUUGAUGGGGGGUGGGGUUGAGAGAAGCAGCUUGGGCCGUUUGGCUGAUGCCAGGAAGCGAUAAAGCAGCACAGGGCCGUUCAGGGCUGCUGAUCUGGCAAUGGCACAGUGAUGCCUUGAUAAAUUCCUGUAGAUUGGUGAUGCACCUCUCUCAYGGUUGUCACCACUGUGUCCUCCUGYAUCUGUUUAAGGCGGUAACUACGUCCUCACAGGGCCASGUAUCUAUUCCUGCACCCAUUUUCUGCCAGUCCUGGCCCUGUUGYCAUGUUGUCCCCUGAGAAAGGGUCUGGCUGAUUCCUGCCCCUUCCUUCUCUGGCAUGAAGACAGCCCUGCUGUACCCUGGCUGUCCCAUACCCCCUGUCAUUUUGUGCCUGAGCCCCUCUCCAUGCUGUAAAGAAAUGCAAAUAAAUUUUUCAUCUUGGAUACAAAUU